CCGCGGCUUCAUGUGGAGGCGCGCGCCUGCGGCUCGCUCAGUUAAAAGGGACGCACGGACACGGAGAUCCACGCAAGUGACCUUCUGAUCGCCUCUGACGGUAUCUAAAUUUAACAAAGCGCGGACAGUCAUCGGAGUCACUGCGGGGUGAUAAAACAUACUUGAAAGACGCGAAGUAUCGCCGCGGGUCACUGCCUCAGGAAAUGAUGACAGCGUCCUCCAUCACAGCAUAGCCGCUUAAAGCCAACAUUUCGCGUCUUGCGGCCAUUUCGUCUGGACUCAGUUGCCUUUUUGGUUCAACACAUUAAAAAGCCUGACACGGGCUGCUGCUGGUGUCUCGGGGGGGGUGAGGGAGCAGGUGCAGCGCGUCUGCCCGCAUGCAGCUUCGCCUCGCGGGUGGCCGCUGAGCUGCAGGCUGGUGACUCCGGAAUCUAAUCUUGGAUCAGGCUGGACAUCACCUUUAAAGAAUGACAUCCACUAUAGAGAGGAAAACACUGGAGGCCAAUGAGGAACCAGUGGAUGAGGUUCUUCAGAUGCCUCCAUCCCUGUUGACAUGCGGUGGGUGUCAGCAGAGCAUCGGUGACAGAUUCUUCCUGAAGGCCAUCGAGCAGUACUGGCACGAGGACUGCCUGAGCUGUGAUCUGUGUGGCUGUCGGUUGGGGGAGGUGGGCCGUCGGCUCUACUAUAAGCUGGGAAGAAAGUUGUGUCGGCGAGAUUAUCUCAGGCUUUUCGGCCAGGACGGUCUCUGCGCUUCCUGUGAAAAGAGGAUCCGAGCAUUUGAGAUGACGAUGCGUGUGCGGGACAAGGUUUACCAUCUGGAGUGCUUCAAGUGCGCCGCCUGCCAGAAGCACUUCUGUGUGGGUGAUCGCUACCUUCUCAUCAACUCAGACAUUGUGUGCGAGCAGGACAUCUUUGAGUGGACCAAGCACAACAAUAAUAACAUGGUUUAGGAGAAUCUCUUCUUCCCGCUGGGUUCAAAGGGAAUGGACUACUAAUAGACAUUUUGUUGCCAGCGCAGGCUUUGUUAUGCAUUUGAAAUUCAUAAUGAAUCAUUUUAAAAAGAGGGGCUACAUCUCUGCAUGUCUCCCUGCCGGGGACUAAUGAAGGCUGCACCAGCAAUAACAGAGAGCUUUUUAUUGAAGGCAAGAAAAAAAAAAAGGUCCAAUACUGACAAUAUUUAAAAAUGCAAUAUUGGUCAUUUGUUAUACACUGAAAUUUUAGAACAAAAAAAUAAAAUACUUGUCAGGUUUCUUGUAGUCUAACACUGUUGCAUCACCUUAGUGUGAAACUUUCAUUAAGAAGAUCAGCAGCUUGUAUUUUAUGGAUUUGUAAUUUCUUAAUGCUUUCCAAGUACUAAUUAUUUAAAAAUUUGUUAAAAGGAUGUCUCUAAAUCUAAAAAAAACCUAUGAAUUCCUUGUUUAUUCAUUUCUGUAAUUCUUCCUAUAUGUUAAAGCAGUCCGUCUCAGGCUUUCUUUUGCAUGCCUCCCUUAAGAAGCUGAGAACAGUUCACCCACCUUCCACCCCUGCGAGCAUUAUUUUUUUUAUAAAUAAUUAACAAAACAAAUAUCCAAGUCAAAUUUCAUUCAAAUGCAAGCCAUCAUUAUAGCACAUCAGUUCGUUCAACUUAGAUUUAGUCUGUAUUUUUCCAUGCAGAAAGGGGCUCCACCUCACAGUCUUGAAGUGCUUGUUUCCCUGUGGACUAAUUUGCUGCACUGACUGUUUUGUUAGAGAUUUAGCGGAAUGAAUUAACUGGAUGUGUGCUAAGUGAAUACCAUGUCUGUAUAUCUAUAAUCAUUUGUGAAAGUUUUCAAGAAAAUUUGUACGAAUUUAUUAGGAAAUUACAGACCUGUAAUGAAAGCAUUACCUGAUUUUCAUAUUAUAAAUGGAAUUCUGUAUCCAUUUUAAAAAGUCCUGAUCAGAAUGAUUGUUCUGUAUUGCCAGGUUGAACUGGUGGCGCCCUCUAAUGGUCGAGGGAGCCCAUGCAACACUUGUUUUACUGACUUUGCAGAGGUUUUCUGUGUGUCUUUUGUAAUUUUACCAACUCUCUGAACAUUCAUUUAGGACUUUUGGGAUAUUAACCUUCAAUUUAUUUAAUAAAUGACAAUUUAGAGAAAUACUGA